CUUCAUCGUGAUGCAGCUACUCUAGACAGAAAUGAUGAAGAUGUUAACAGGCAAAUUGAAGAUGAUGCAGAUAGGGAAAUAACUGAGAUGAAAACACUUUAUGAAGGAAAAUUAAAAGAAGAAAGAGAAACAAUAGUAAAGCUUCGAGCAGAAGCAGGUCAAAUGAGAAAGAAAUACAUUGGGUCUCAAAAAGAAAUUGAAUAUUACAAACAGCAAAUUGCAAAACUUCAUGGGCAACACCAGAAAGUCCUAAAGCUAAUUGGUUCUCAUGACAGAGCCAUCUCUGAUCUCAAAAGGGAAAUGCAGGAGAGAGAUGCAACAAUCCCAGAAAAA